AUGCGCCGCCCCACCCGGGCUCAUCUCCGCACCCCCACGGCGCUACGAGCUGCCAGCACCGGGGCUGGGGGGCCUCAGCACCCCCUCCCCUCUCCCGCCAACACGGUUCUAAGCAUCUCCCCUCCUCUUUCCCAGGGUGAACCCGGCGCUCCAGGCAACAAAGGUGACACCGGAGCCAAAGGCGAACCCCGCAGCCCCGGCUCAGCGUCUCCUCGCGGCCGCUCACCCCGCUCUCCNNAAGGCCCCCCCGGCCCCGCCGGUGAGGAAGGCAAGAGAGGAGCUCGUGGAGAGCCCGGCCCUGCUGGGCUGCCCGGUCCUGCAGGAGAACGGGGCGCUCCCGGCAGCCGCGGUUUCCCCGGUGCUGACGGCAUCGCCGGUCCCAAGGGUCCCCCCGGAGAGCGCGGUUCCCCCGGUGCCGUCGGCCCCAAAGGAUCUCCCGGUGAAGCCGGACGCCCCGGAGAACCCGGUCUCCCCGGCGCCAAGGGUCUGACUGGAAGCCCCGGCAGCCCCGGUCCCGACGGCAAAACCGGACCCCCGGGUCCCGCUGGUCAGGAUGGCCGCCCCGCCUCUGUGCCUUCUCCCCCCACGCAGGGUGACCCCGGUCCCAAAGGUGCUGACGGCGCUCCUGGCAAAGAUGGUCUCCGUGGUCUGACCGGCCCCAUCGGCCCCCCCGGCCCCGCUGGUGCUCCCGGUGACAAGGGUGAAGCUGGCCCCGGCCCUGCUGGGCCCACUGGUGCCCGUGGUGCUCCUGGUGACCGUGGUGAGCCCGGCCCCCCCGGUCCUGCUGGAUUUGCUGGCCCUCCUGGUGCCGAUGGUCAGCCUGGUGCUAAAGGUGAAACUGGGGAUGCUGGAGCCAAAGGUGACGCUGGUCCCCCUGGCCCUGCUGGCCCCACUGGUGCUCCCGGCCCUGCCGGUGCUGUUGGUGCUCCCGGUCCCAAAGGCGCUCGCGGAAGCGCUGGACCCCCUGUAAGUAUAUGGGUCUUGUGGGGGGGGUU